AUGGCCAACCAUAAGCUUACGAGUUUCAGCUUUCUGAUGGCUGUACUCCUCGCUCUCUUGAACCUCAAAUUCCAACCCCAACCUAACAUUGAAUCUCCGUUUGAGACCCAAAGUGUGAUCAUGGAAAUAUUUGUGGUCUGUAUCCUUGUGUUCGCCAUAACUUUGUGCACUCCAUACUUCCCCGAAGUUAUCGAUGACAUCAACCUCCUAGCCGGAAGUCUUGCCGCGGUUUUACUUACGUUUACCCUUUUCCCCGGUCUAGGUUGGGUCUUUCUUCUCAUUUGGGCCACUUUCUUUGUUAAGCUAAUAUACCGUGCAAUUCGAAAGUUUUGUCAACUAUACCAUGCAACGUCAUCUACGUCCGAUUUAUUCAAUCGGGUACUGCUCGGUCGUCGCCACGCCCACCAUAAUGAGGAAAGCAAUGGUAGGACAACCAACAACAAUUGGCAUGCUAGUUUGGCCUUUGCAGUAGGAGUAUUCCUGGCUCUCAUGCCAGUGAAGUAUCAGUCCACGGCACCAUUUGAGACCCACAAUGCGCUCAUGUUGAUAGUUAUCAUCAUCACACUUGUUUACGCUGCAGCUUGGCAAGUCGAACAUCAUCUUCAAACCAGCAACAAUAACUCAUCAAUUCACCGUAUCAUAGUUACCAAAAUCAGUCUCCUUAGCGGAAGCCUUGUCGCCGUUGUACUGGUAUUGGUUAUUGUCCCGGCAAUUGGGUGGUUCAUUCUUCUCGUUUGGACCCUCUUCCUUCUGAAGCAAAUAUACGAGGCAUGCCAAAUGCUCCACCGGCUCUACCAGUCAAUUUCAUUGGUUUCGUAUGUGUUCAAUGAAGUAGUUGGUCCCCGUGGUCAUCUAAGCCAAGGAAGAAAUGGAUUGGUAGCUUAAAGUUAGUAGUGUAAUAACAUGG